AUGGAAAUCACAUUUGCAAUCCUCUACAUCCUCUCCAUCACCCUCCCCAAGCUAACCAUGCUCUCUCUCUUCCUGCGCAUCUUUGUCAUCAAAUGGCAACGUCGUGCUUCCUAUCUCAUAGCUGCCAUCCUUCUCGCAACAGCACUUGCGAAUAUCAUUGCGAAUGUAACGCAAUGCAUACCCCUAGAACAUUUAUGGGAUAAACAGAAAAAGGGGAAAUGUUUCGAUCAAAAUGCUUAUUGGAGAUGGGCGAGCUUACCGAAUAUUCUGACCGAUGUGGCGAUGUUGGCACUGCCCGUCCCGAUGAUUAUGGGGACUAUGAUGGGGUGGAGAGAUAAGGCGGGGGUGGGAAUUACGUUUUUGGCAGGGAGUUUAGGCCUCAUAACAUCCAUCCUCCGCUUCGCUGCAUUCUGGCGCAUGCAACCCGCCUCAGACAUAACCUGGACCGCCGUCGAACUCUGCGCCUACUCCAUCGCAGAAGGUGGCGUCUAUCUAAUCGCCUCCUGUCUACCCGCCUAUCGCGCUCUUUACCUAACCAUUACACGUCCGCAUCUCUGGCCCUCGACAACUCGCUACAGUGGAACAGGUAUCGCGAGUGGUAACUGGGGUGUAAUUUCAGCCAGCAAAUCAAGCUCUAGAACGAGAAAUCCAUCCAUCUCUCACGAAAUAUCUCACGAUGAAAAUGAAACACCUCUUGAGACAACCAUGCGAUCAGUACCAGAAAUCCAAGCCCCGAGAUCCGUGAAAGGAAAACCGAGAAUAUAUAUCCAAACACCUAGUCCGGUCUGUUCCAAAUUUCCAUUCGCAGAACGCGGUCAGGGACACGCAUACGCACACCCUUAUGGAAAUGAAAAUGGGGAUCUAAGCCAACUAUUCCAUCCAUGGCCUCUGACGAGAAGAAGUAGUUCAUUAGGGCGUGGAACCGGAACCGAAACCGGAACUGGAGCGGAGAAACAGAAUCAGAGUCAGAGUAGUGAGCACGGGAUUACCAUCCAGCAUGGUUUUAGUAUCGAGUAUGAAGAUUUACGACCGAGGGGUAAUCGUCUUGGGAAUCAUAUUGGCUAUCAGUAUGCAGGAGAUACGGAAAGGUUUACUAUAGUCCCAGCCCGAGUUCCAGGCUCGGAUUUAAGGGCUAAAGCUGAGGGUUAA